AUGGGUUUCGGCGACUUCACGACACUAUGCGAGAAGACGGGACUCCCGCUGUGCACGUUGAUCGGACCGCCGUCGAAGAUCUCCACCUCGGCCGGGAUCCAAGCCACCUGCUACUCGCGAUCCAUCGAACUGGCCAACACAGUGAUAUUCCAGGGCGCCAAUGACUUCAUGCAUAUCCUGGCGUUGAUCAUGACCUCGAUCAUGAUCAUUCAUGUGCGGUCGAAGUUUACCGCAGUCGGACGAAAGGAAAUCACCACAUUCUUUUACUUCUACAUGCUCCUCACGGUCGCCUCCCUCGUCCUUGACUCCGGUGUCGUCCCUCCUGGGUCCGAAGCGUACGCAUACUUCUCCGCGGUUCAGAAUGGACUGACUUCCGCGCUUUGCACAUGCCUCCUCAUCAACGGCUUCGUCGGAUUCCAACUCUACGAAGACGGCACCACGCUAUCCGUAUGGACCCUCCGAGCGGUCUCCAUGAUCUUCUUCGCCUUGUCUUUCUUCAUUUCGCUCGCCACGUUCAAGGAAUGGUCGGGCAUGGGUCCCGAGAAAACCAUCGGGCUGUUUAUCGUGCUCUACCUGGUUAACGGCAUCUUCCUCGUGAUCUACGCAUUGAUGCAGGUGCUCCUGGUCGUCAACACCCUGCAAGAUCGCUGGCCUCUCGGCGAUAUCGCCUUUGGAAUCUUCUUUUUCGUCAUCGGGCAGGUCAUCCUAUAUGUCUUCAGCGACAAAAUCUGCGACAACGUUCAACAUUACCUUGACGGACUGUUCUUCGCGACAAUCUGCAAUCUAUUGGCAGUCAUGAUGGUCUACAAAUACUGGGAUUCUAUCACGAAGGAGGAUCUAGAAUUUUCCGUCGGAACAAAAAUGAACAACUGGGAGGUGAAAGAGCUCCUCCCCGAAGACGAGCGACGAACCACCAUCUAUCAAGAUGGCAACAACUCGGAAUACUCCACCAGCCUAUACCAACAGCCCGUCCAGCGUCGGAGCUCCGGCUAUGGAGGAGGAGGGUUUGCUUAUUAA